UCUACCCACCUUCCACCAACUCUGCAGGCACAGCUCCAGCUGUCCGUCAUCAUGGCAUCCUGCCUGCCAGUAAUCUCUCUACUGGUGCUGCUCAUCCUGUCCAGUCCCGGGGUCCAUGUCGCGUCAACCCAACACCUGUGUGGGUCUCACCUGGUUGAAGCCCUCUACCUGGUGUGCGGAGAUAAUGGGUUCUUCUUCAACCCCAAGACCAAGCGGCACCUGGACCCUCUGCUGGGAUUCCUCUCUCCAAAAUCAGGCCAGGAGAAUGAGGUGGACGAUUUCCCCUACAAAGGCCAGGGGGAACUGAAGGUGAAGAGGGGCAUCGUGGAGCAGUGCUGUCACAAGCCCUGCAACAUCUUCGACUUACAGAAUUACUGCAACCUCCGGCCCUCAGCAACCAAAGCCACGCUAUUAAACCAAGAGCCUCUUCUUUCUGAAAGCAUUUAAUGUCAAUCACUUUGUGUUACAUGAAAAGAAAGAAACAAAAAAAGCUAAAUA